CACCGCGGUACACCCACUCACAUCUGGCAACGCUUGCCGUAAAAUGGCAAAAAAAUAAUACAUACGAUUUAAAACUAAUGGACAAUUACGUAUUACGUGAAAAGAACGCAUCGCAAAUAUUUAAAACCCAAUUGCCAAUCAGCCCAGUGCAGUCGCGAGUGUGCGUGUGUGCAAAUCUCCAGCAAGGAAUAUAAGUAAAUCCGUGUGAAAAGUGAUUUGAACGGGUUUCGGAAUCGGAACCGAGCACUUGGGCCUCCUCAUCCGAUACCAUUUUCCAUCUACACUUGCAAAAAGCGACAGGCGUGAGAGAGACGGCGCGAGUGAGCGGAGAGGGAGAGCGCAGAGAGCUGCGACUGCGAGCGAGUGCGAGCGAGAGCGCUGACAAAGCCAGCGCAACACAGGCACAGCGAGAGGCAAAAAUCGCAACGAAAUCGAAAUCACAAUCGAAAUUCAAGCAAAUAGAAGAUUUUGGCGAACAAAGACUGCCAACGGCUGUCUACUAACAACAACGUCUCGCUGUCAUCGGGUGCGCUCUCUUGUUUUCGCAAGCGGCGAAUCGGCGCUGAGUAAGCGCCAGAAAGAGUGCAAAAAAGGAGAAGGAAAGAAAGAAAGAAGCCAAGGAGCAACGAACUGUGUUUGCGGUGUGUGCUCUGCGUGCAAACGGCUCAUCAGAAAGACUGAAACAAGGAGCUUCGGCGGUUCCAGCAACUUAUCCUCAUCCAGAGCCACAGCCACAUCCUAGCCACAUCCUCCAGCGCAGCGGGAAGAAGAGGAGCGCGGCGGCGGCGAGAAGGAAGCUAACGCUAAUGAGGAUCUAUUGGCAGCAUGAGUACACUGGGGGGAAGUAGGGGAGAGCGAAAUGCCAAGCCCAAAUUCACAGCGUUGGAUAUAAAUCGCAUGUACAAGAAUAGCCGCGGCGAAUCGAGUGAACCAUCUGCACAAAAGAAUCAAGUGCCACGUAAACAUGGAAUGCAAAUCUUGGGCAAAGUGCCGUCCGCUAGGCGACCACCAGCCAAUCUGCCAUCCCUGAAGGCCGAGACGCACACCAGCAGCAACAACAAUCUCCUAGUCUCAGUCGAAGGAGCCACAUCUGGAGGAGCGGGAGCAGGCGGAACAGCGGGAGCAGGCGCGGCAGGAACCAACACUAGCCACAGCAACACCACUGCCCACAGCGGAAGUUCAGGAGCAGGCGGCGGAGCGGGAUCUGGAGGAGGUGGAGCUGCAUCGUCGUCAACUGGCGGUCUUCAUAGCCAGCAGCAAGCCCACAUCCAGCAUCAGCACAACAACAACGUCGGCCUCGGCCCGAACGCUGGAAAGUUUGUGAACAGCAGCAGCAGCAGCGGUAGCAGCAGCAACAACAACGCCGGCGGCUCAGGCGGCGGCAACAAGAACUUCAAAUUAAUCAACAACUCCGUGGGAAGCUCCGGCGGCGGAGGCGGAUCCGCAGGAUCAGGCGGAGGUGGCUCAACGGGCGGAGGAGCAGGCGGAGCAGGUUCUGGAUCGGGCGGACACUCGAUCAACUCGCCGAAAACAUGGUCUGCCAUUACCACAGGACACGAGCGUGGCUCGGGCGGUCAGAACUUUGGCCGCCAGCAGCAGCAGGUGGUGCCCCACUAUCAGAGUCCGCAGUUCCAGUACGAGUUCCCAACGCUGGACGGCACAGUUGGCAGCGGCGCCGGCGGCGGAUCGAGCGGAGCGGGUGGACUCGGAUCCGGGUCUGGAGCUGGCAAGAGCCACUACCAAAACCAGGCGCACCAUGCCAGCCACCAAAACCACCACCAGCACCAGCAACACCACCAGCAGCAGCACCAACAGCACCACCACCAGCAGCAACCGCACCAUCGCGACUACCACCAUGGCCACGGUCGCCAAUAUGGCCACCACUCGCAUCGCGACUACAGAGAUGGCAGCGACGACGUCGGCGGCGGCGGCGGCGGGAGCGCGGAUCUGGGCGAGAUGAGCCUUCGUCCGCAAAACGACACGGCCGCCUGGCUGCAGCAGCAGGAGAAGGCGGCCAAGGUUGCGGCGGCGGCGGCAGCGGACCAGGGUCUCAACCUACAGGGCCCGGGCCACCACCAGAUGGGGGGUAACGGAGGCGGCGGCGGCGGCGGCGGAGGCUCCGGCGGAGCAGUGCCCCUGCCCAUCCUGUCGCUGAUGCCCUCGUUCAUGCGCAGCGGCGCUCCAUUGCCCACCGGCGGAGCGACAGCGGCCAGCAUCUUGGCCGGCGGAUCCUUGGACUCCUCGGCCCUGCCAAGCGCUCCCUACCAGAACGGCAUACUGGGUGCUCGUUCCGCCUCGCCGGCAGUGGUGGGCAGCGGCGGCUUCCGGGCGGCCACUGCCAUUCCCAAGCGACCAACGGCCUCCUCGUCGCCUCCGCAAUCUGGCCUAGGCAUCGGAGGAUCACCCACUCCGCCACAAUCCCAGCAGCAGCAGGCCAACGGGGCUGGCGGUGGAGUUGGGCGCAAGGACAAGGACUAUGUGGUGGAGCCGGAGGUGGCCCAGAUGCAGCGUCCCAUUAUUCGCGAGGAGGACCUGGAGCGCCUCAACGCCAUCGCCAAGGACGACAGCUGGACCAAGCAGGACGACAUUGACUACACGAAGAAACUAACAUUCUCGGACGACGAGUCCACGCCGGAGGAGCACCAGGGCCAGAACAAGCAGCAGCACGGCUCCGCCCAGCAGCAGACACAGGGAUCCUCCUCCUCAGUAUUGGGUGGAAACGAUCAACGCAAGCUGCCCAUCUCCACAUCCAGUUGGCAACGCGGCAAGGAGAGCACCGAUCGCGAUCAGCCCACGGAAAUCCAUCAGGAUCACCAGCAUCAGCAGCAGCAGCAGGAGAUCCGCCAGCAGAACGGUCAUCGUGGCAGCUCCGGCAACGUGGGUGUGCCGGUGGCCGGUGGCAUCGCAUUGGAUGCCAGUGUCUAUGAGCGAGUGAAGCAGCGCAAGGAGGAGGAGGAGCGUCGCGAAAUGGAACGCAAGCAGGCGGCUGCCAAGAAGCUGCAGGAACUCGAGAUGAAGAUGAAUCGAGCAGCGGCGGCAGCUCUGGCCAGUGGCGAGGGCGGAGCCCUGUCCUCCUCCGGUUCCGCAUCGCUGUCCAACGAGGUGCCUCCACCGUCCGCUCCACUGGGCAAUGUCAGCGAGGACGAAGGCGGAGGCCAAGGUGGCGGCGGCGGCGGCGGUGGCCUGCACCGACGACCCCGGGGAAGCAUCUCCAGUUUGGGGAGUGGCGUCACUCCAACGGGAGGAGCUGGCUCCGGCGUUGGAGGCGUAUCCUCCUCCUCGUCAGCAGGCGGCGGUGACUACGGCCAGAAGACCUUCCUCACCCAUUUCCAAUCGAACCUACCACCCCGCUUCCAGCGUCAGCAGCAGCAACAACAGCAGCAGCUGCCGCGCUUGGAGAAGAGUGCUUCGGCCAGCAGCGCCUUCGACAGCAAUUCCCGCUACCUGCAAAAGGGUGGCGUAGGCGGAGGACAAGGAGGCGGCUCCGGCGGCGGCGGCGGCGGCGGAGGAGCACAGACCAACGCUGGUCAGGGGCGCAGCAUCUCCGGCGGUUAUGCGCAGCGUGGAGCCAGCGUUGGCGGCAGCGGCGGCGGAGGAGGUGGAUACGGACGCAAUCGACAUGACAGCAGCAGUGCUCGCGAGGAUCAGGAGCUGGAGCAGCAGCAGCAGCGGUUCACCCGCGGUCAGGACUACCGACAGGCGCAAACCCUGCCGCGCAGCAUAUCCGAGAAUUCACAUCGCAAGACGAGCGUUUCCUCGGCAGGCGAUGAUGUCCUCGGUGGCGGCGGCGGCGGUUCGUGCUCAUCGUGGGCGGAGCAAACGGAUGCCGAACAGAAGGUCCACCACCGACACCGCGAGGAGAGCUUCUCGUCGACCCACAGCCACGACUCGGCGGUGCAGAUAAAGAUCCUGCAGCGGCCGGCGCGACAGCCGAGCCUCAGCGAGGAGACCUCGGCCCAGCAGAAGCAGGUUCCAGCCUCGCCGCAGCAGCAGAAGACCCUGUCGUCGGACCCCAUGCCCACGCAGAUCCUGCGACGCAGCGUGGAGAUCGAGAAGCCGGGCGACGAGCGGCCGGACGACAAGUCUGCACUGGAUUCGGAGGACAAGGCGAAGGUAGCCGGCGGCAAGGUGGAUGACGACAAGACCGGAAACAAGCGACCGAGUCCCAGGAGCGGAGCAGCGUGCGGAGGUCGCGGUGGACGCAGCUACACCAGCGGCAGUGGCGGACCAGCCGUCGGAUCGGGCAGUAGCUAUCGCGGCCAGAGGAGCGCCAGCGACUGGGGCACCAGUCGUGGCAGUGGCGGCAGGCGCUACUACGGCAGCGGUGGCGAGCAGUCGGAGCACUCGGAGGACGUGGACGAGGACUGCUACAGCAGCGGCGGCGGCGGCGGAGCGGGAGGAGCAGGAGCAGCACGUCGCAGUCCCAAGGAAGCCGGCAGCAAUGCACCCAAUUCCGGCCAGGCGUCGGCGAACAAGGCGGGCUUCUCGCCACGCGGCGAACCCUCGCGACGUGGACGCGGUGGUCUGUCCAGCGGCGGUGGCGGCGGCGGAUCCGCAUCCGGUUAUCGACGCCAGCCCGUGGGCACCGGCUCCGCUGGAGGAGGAUCAGGUGCGGGAGGAGCGGGACGCAGCUAUGGAAGACUCGGCUACGAGGAGUACGGCAAACAGCAGCGCACCUCCGAGUCGGAGCAGGCGGACCUGGACAAGACCAAGCAGAACCAGCUGGCACUCAGCGCCGGUCUGCACAAACCCAGCAAGGAUGACAAGGAUUCGUCGGCGCUCAGCGGCGAGGAGAAGGACAAGACUGCCGCCCUGGUGGCCCCCGCCCACAACACUGCCCUGCUGGCUAAGGACGAGCUGCAGAAGGAUUCGGCGGGUCGCCUGCCUCCGGGCCUCGCAGCGACGGCAGCUUCGGUGGUGGGACCAGCGUCCGUGGCGUCCGCAUCGAUCGCAGCUCCCGGCAGCUCGGCGGUGGACAAGAAGAAGGGUGAGUCCUGUGCCGUCGUCGUCGUCGGCGGCGAGAAGGUGCCGGUCAGCAAGUUGCCGGCCAUCGGUGAGAAGACAUCGCUCGGCGCCGUCGGUUCGGGUCCGUCGACCAAUCUCCUGCUGGACGCCGGCGCUCCCGUCAACACGAUCAUCUUCGAGAACUCCACAUACAAGCAGCAGGCGGCGGCCGCCGCCGUGGUGGCCAAACCCGGUGGAGCUCUGUCGGUGUCCAGUGGCGGCGCCACCAUGACCGUGGACAGCCUGUCCAGUGCCCUAUCGCAGAUGAGUUUCGGCGGCAAGGCGACGGCGGCGGGCGCUGGCGAGGACUCGCAGGACAUGAAGCUCGGAUUCAGCUUCGGCGACGACCCCACCGCGCCCCUCAAGGUGGUGGACACCAUCGACAAGGCGGCCAGCCAGCAGCAGCAACAGCAACACUCCCAGCAGCAACAGCAGCAGCAGCAGCAAAACAACUCGACGGCGGAUCUCAACAUGAAGAUUGCGAGCGUUAAGAAGGUCUGGGAAUCGGCCACGCCCAUGUCCGAUGGCCCAUCGCCGGCAGGGGCGAUGCAGCAGCAACAGCAACAACAGCCGCAGCAGCAGCAACAGUCGCAGGUGCAGGUGGUGUCGCAGCAGCAGCAACAGCAGCAGGUGGUGGGACCGCAGCAGACGGGCGACGAUGGCAGCGGCCACAUGAGCGCCGCCUCCUUUGUGGCCGCCGUGGCCGCCUCGCAGCACCAGCAGCAGCACCAGCAGAUGCCCCACUAUGCGGUGUCGGCGGUGCACAUGCAGAGCCACCACCAUCAGCAGCAGCAGCAGCAGGCGGCGGCAGCGGUGGCGGCAGCGCAGGCGCAGCACCACCAGCAGCAGCAACAGCAGGCGGCGGCGGCGGCAGCGGCCCAGGCGCACCACCAGCAGCAGCAGCACCAUGCGCUCUCCUCGCCGGGCCCGGUGCCCGGUGGCCAUGGCCAUGGCUACGGCCACGGAUCGCCGUUCGACGCGGGUUCGUUGGAGCAGCAGUUCCAGCAGGAGGACUACCCCAGUCCCCAGCAGCAACAGCAGCAGGCGCACCAGAAGACCAAGCAGCUGCAGCAGCAGCAGCACCUGGGCAUGUCCCCGCCGCCCAGCCAGCAGCAGCAGCAGCAUUCGCAGCAGCAGGCGCACCAGCAACAGCAGCAGGCCCACCAGCAGCAGCAGCAGCAGCAACAACAGCAGCAGCAGCAGCCGUCGUUCUACCAGGCGUCACCGCAAUUCGGAGUUGGGGGCAUUCCCACGAUCCCCAGCCCGCCGGCGGUGGUGUUCAACUCGUCGCAGAUGCCGCCGCCGCCGUCGCAGGGCGGCAAUCUGUACGCUCCAUUCCAUUCGCUCGAUCAUUCGAGCCGUUCGCCCGCCUACUCGGCGGCGGCGGCCGCCCACAGCUUCCCCAAUCACUAUGCAGUGGCGGCGGCAGCGGCCGCGGGCGGCGGUCCCUUCAACGUGAACGUCAACGCGUACGCCAUGCAGACGCCGCACGGCGGCAGUCUACCGCCCACGGCGCCCACACCGGACAUGUACUCCAAUCUCUCGUCACAGUUCCGACUGGGCGGUGGUCCCGGCCCCGGACCCGGACCCUUUGGCCAGCCCAGUUCGCAGCAGCUGAGCAAUCCGAGCAACUUGAGCAACCACGCGGCGGUGGCCAUCAUCUCGUCCAGCAGCAACUCCAUGAUGUCGUCUGGCGCGGCCAAGCCGCCGCCCAGUCAGCAGCCCAUCGGGGCCAUAGGCUCCAAGUCGGCGGGCAGCGGCGGUGGUCCGGGACCGGGACCCGGUCCCUAUGCCACCACCCAGCAGUACAUGAAUCUUUAUGCCGGCCCGCCGCCACAGCAUCCGGGCCAGGGCGGUCCGCCGCCGGGCGCCCAUCAGCUGCAGUCGAACAGCUACUACUCGAAUUCGGCGCCGGGCGGGCCGAGCGGACCGCAGUUCUACGGCGGACCACCGCCGCAGGGCAACGGCGGUGCGCAAAACUACGGGCUGGCCACCGCGGCCGGCAUGUACGGCGGCCAUCAGGGCGGACCGCCCGGAUCGAAUGGUCCGCCGGGACCGCCACAAUCGCAGCACACGAUGGGCACGUUCAAUACGCAGUUCAUGAACUCGCAGCUGUUGACGGCGGCCAGCAUUAAUCAGUACCGCGGCGGACCGACGCCCGGAGCGGCCUACUUGAAGGGCAGCCAGGGACAAGCCCACAUGCAGGACUCGAUGGGUCGACAGCUGAAGAGUCCAUUGAGCGCGGACAUGAGUCUCGGUUUGGCCAAGCAAGUGCAGUCGCAGCCCAGUCCGCCGCACCACAAGAACUACGGAGCGUGGGAUCUGCAGAACCAGGUGCUGCAGCAGCAGCAGCAAUCUCAGCAGCAACAGCAGCAGCAACAGCGGCAGGGCGGCGGCGGUGGCGGCAACGGGCCCAACAUGAACGCCUUGGGCGGCCGCGGAAGCGGAGCGGUGGGCAGUGGCAGCGGCAACGGAGGAGGCGGUGGCUCCCAGGUGGGCGGCAAUGGCGGUGGCAAUGGCGUCGGCAGCGUUGGACAGAGUGGCGGCGGCCAGGGACGCUAUCCCACGCCCAUCCAGCGGCCGAACAACUACCCCCAGCAUCCGCAGCAGCAGCAGCAACAACAGCAGCAGCAGCAACAGCAGCAGCGUGACCAGGCGGCGGCAGCAGCGGCGGCGGCUCAACGGGCACAGAGUAUGCGUCAGGUGACCGGAGGCGGUGGCGGCGUGGCCGGAAGUGCCGGUGGCGGAGGCAGCAACACACCUGUAGGUCCGCCCGGUGGCAAUAACGGUGGCAAUGGCGGUCCUGGUGGAGCCGGCGGCGGCGGAGGAGGAGCUGGAGGAGCGGCGGGCUCCGGACCUGGAAAGCCCUACUAUGCGAAUAACGCCUCCGGUGCGGGCGGUGGUGCAAAUCGGGGUGAGUGGCAUGCGAACUGAGCGCCAGGUGGCCACCAUCCACCGCUCAGACCACCCCAUCAGCCACCCACCAGCGAGACCCCGAUAGAAGGACACAGAGAUUGAGAUACGAACGGUUAGCAGAGGAGGAGGAACACGGCCAAGAGCUGGAGGAGGAACGCGUAUCUUAUUCAAAACGGAGAGGACACGAGCGACAACAAAGGAAGAAGAAGCCAGGAGUAAAACUAGGAAAGUGGAAUAUAUACAACACAUGCAUAAACAAACAAGCGACACACAAGCAUCCGACCUUCGAGCAGCAGCUGCAUUUGUGUGCAAGUGCAAGCAAGGAAGCAAGGGGGCGAUGGAUGUGAUGGUGAUGAUGAGUCGGAAAGUGGAAAGUGGAAAGUGAGCUAUAUUGGGGGCUUCCUCGUCACAACCGCAAGCAAGCAGCAGGCAACUCAGCAAAAUCAGCUAUAUCAGCUAAAUCAGCGAAAGCAACAGUAACAGUAGCGAAGAAAGUAAUCGUAAGUCGAAAGUGAGAGGACGAAAGGUUCAACAGGAAACGAGUAAGGAAAAACUAUAAUUGCAAGAAUAAAUAUUUAAAACAAAACAUAAACAAAAACAAAAACACCACACCACACCACACACACACAUGCAUACAUUUACAUAUACAUACAUACUUACAUAAAAUAGCAGAUUGUAUUUUUUGUCAAACAAAUUUACAUAAUAAUAUAUUACUUUUAUAUACUUAUGAUUUUUUGUAGUAGAGUCUUUCUCCUUUAAACAAAACAAAAAAAAAAAAACAAACGAAACAACAAAAUGAACCUUUGGCACUGCGUAUGCUUUAAUUUCUUUAUAUAUACAUAUUGUUUAAUUUUUUGCAACCAACAAAAAAUCAACUAAUAAUUCUAAUUUAUGUUUAUGCUACAAUAUACAUUAUAUAUACAAUCUAUCUAUCUAUCUAUAUCUAUCGAUAUCAAUCUUUCUGUGUAGACAGCGAAUAAGAGAGAGAGAGACAGACAGACAGAGAGAGAAAGAGAGACAUAGACAGACAGACAGAGAGAGGGCGAACGAACGAGAAGGAGAGAGUUUGUUUAAGCGCAAAGUUAAGUUCAAACGUAAAACAAAUACAUAUAGAAAUCUUGUCGUCUUAUAAACAACAACAACAACUAACUACAACAAA